AUGGCUGCUCAUGAAUUUAAACAUGAUUUCGAUCGUCGAUUUGCCAGUGAUGAUGAUCAUGAGAAUGAUGAUGGUGGUGAAUUUCAUGAUAUUGUAAUCGAAGGAAAAGGCUUCACAGAAUCUACUAGUUUAGAGUUACUUUUUAGAAAAGUGAAGUCUGAUGAAGAAGCUUGUGAAUUAUACAAUUCAUAUGCUUUUAAGCAUGGAUUCGCAUACAUCCAGUUUGAUGUUGAUAAGGAGUCUGGUUUAUAUUGCGUGGUGAAACAUGAAAUGGAGCAUAAUCACAGUAGGGUUCCCGUUUCAAAGAGACAUUUGAUAAGAUCUCACAGAAAGGUUAGUGGUGAUCAGCUUGCCAUGGUUACUAGUUUGUCUGAAAAUGGUAUACCUAUUGCUGAUGCAUAUCGUGUUAUAAGGGAUCAAGCUGGCUGUGAAGCCAAUCUUAGUUUUCUUCAAAGAGAUCUUUAUGUUGCUUUGAGUGGGGAAAAGAAAAAGAAUUUUGAUGGUUGUGACACAAAACAAUUGAUUUCUUACUUUAAAGAAAGGAAGUCAAAGGAGUAUGUUUUUUACUAUGAUUUUGAUGUUGAUGAAAAAGGUCAUCUACAGUCCUUUUUCUUUUGUGAUAGUAGGAUGAAAGUUGAUUAUGAUGCAUUUGGAGAUCUUUUGGUACAUGAUACUACAUAUCGGACAAAUAAAUACGGUAUGAUAUGUGGUCCUUUUGUUGGCAUGAAUCACCAUAACAAGAAUGUCAUGUUUGGUAUUGGAUUUGUGAUCAAUGAAAAGUGGGAGUCUUUUGAGUGGCUAUUCAACACUUUUUUGAGAUCAAUGGGUGACAAACAUCCAAUCACUAUAAUGACCGACCAAGCUCAAUCAAUGGCUAAAGCCAUUAGGAUUGUAUUUCCUAAUAGUCGUCAUCGAUUAUGUACUUGGCACAUUGGAGAGAAUGCUAAAAAGAACAUCAAGGGACUAAGAGCAAAGGAAGGUUUCAAUGAUUUAUUUGAUAUUUUUUUGAAGUACACUGAUACAAUGGCUGAGUUUGAGCAUUAUUGGUCCAGCAUGCUUACCAAAUACAAGUGCAAUGAUAACAAAUGGCUCAACAACUUGCAUAACAUUCGGGAGAUGUGGUGUCCUGCAUAUUCAAAAGACUAUUUUAGUGGAGGAAUUCUUUCUUCUCAAAGGAGUGAAACAAGAAAUAAAUCUGUUUCACGUAGACUUCACUUCACCCAUGGUUUAUGUGAUUUUUACAAGACUUUCAUUGAGGUUGUUGAAGAGUGGAGGAGAAAAGAAAAUGACCAUGAUUACGGUAGUAUCACGGGAAAUCGUCAUUUGGUUUGGGCUGAUGUUGGUCUGUUGGAGCAUGCUAGAAGAAUUUACACCAUUCAAAUGUAUCUUCAAUUUGAAGAUAACUUUGUAAAUGGUGUUCCAUGCACCGCUAGGGUUAUUGCAAUGCAGCCUCCUCUUUACGAGUAUCAUGUUGGACAUCCCAAAAGGAACUUGAUUGCACACACGGUAACUUUUGAUGAGUCAGAGGUUACGGUUGAUUGUACUUGUAAGUACUUUGGUGAAGUUGGGUUACUUUGCAAGCAUACCCUUCGUGUUCUUCAUCUCAACAAUGUGACCUACAUACCAAAAAGAUAUAUCUUGAAAAGGUGGACUAAGGCAGCUAUGUGCACUAAGGUGGAUGACCAUGUUGCUGAAAAAGAUGGUGUGACACCUUCAAGUGUUUGGAUACUACAAUAUGUAAGGACUUUCAUUCGUUUAAUUGAUCGUGGACAACAUGAUUUAAGCACUCGUAAUGUAAUUGAAGAAGCUAUUAAUGAGUGUGCUAGUAGAAUUGAAAUAUUGUUGAGAAAAGAUGGAAAUGAAGAGGGUCACGGGAAAGAAAAUGAUGAUAACACAGAUGCUCAAGCUGCUGCCCAAUGCUUGGAAAGUGGUAAUCUAUUAGAGCCACAAGAUGUGAUUCAAGCUAAUGUCUUUCAAGACUCACCAACAUCUGCUGAAAAACCCAUUGAAAAUGAGAAGGAAUGUAUGGUAAAAGACCCCAUUAGAAGGAGGAAGAAAGGACAAAAGAACAUCCGACUUAAGAGCACACAAGAAAAAAUAUGCAACAAGCUAAAAGGGCAGAAGAUUAAGUCAUGGAAGAAGAAAAGUGCAAAGGGUGUGUCUAUAAUAAAAAAGAAAGCACAAGAUACAAUAAAGGACUCUUUAACAGUUCUUGAAGGAAAUACAUUGGCUCAUUCUUCUUUGUUUGGUGGUUCAAUUGAGUAUUUUGAACCUGAUGAAUAUUUUGAAGUACAUGUUACACCAUUUACAUAA